GUGAAAAUGAACAAAUAAAAUCUGGGAAAAGGGAUAACUUUGAUGGCUCAUGAAAUCUAAUACAUGGCCGCGGCAUCCGCUGCCUUCCACCAUCACUACAGCAGCUGCCGCUACUUCGCCUCGGACCUAUCUAGAGCUGCACUUGUAACAAGGAUACACGCACCACGGUUGUUCGCUUCCUCGGAAAGACCUCUCCGUUACCAGGUCUCUUCUGCUUCCACUUCGCCGCCGCCGCCACCGGAAUCCAAUGCCACAGCUUCCACGGCUGAGUCUUGCGUUAAUUUGGGUCUUUCUCUCUUUUCUAAAGGACGGGUGAAAGAUGCUUUGGAGCAGUUUGACUCGGCACUUUCUUUAGAUCCCAACCCUGCAGAAGCUCAAGCUGCACUUUAUAAUAAAGCUUGCUGUCAUGCAUACAGGGGGGAAGGUAAAAGAGCAGCUGAGUGUUUGCGCCUUGCUUUGAAAGAAUAUAAUCUCAAGUUUAGCACCAUCUUAAAUGAUCCUGACUUGGCUUCCUUUAGAGCAUUGCCUGUAUUUAAGGAGUUGCAGGAAGAGGCUAGGCUAGGCGGAGAAGAUAUUGGGUACAGUUUCAGAAGAGACCUGAAGCUCAUUAGUGAGGUCCAGGCUCCAUUUCGAGGGGUUAGAAGAUUCUUUUAUGUGGCAUUUACUGCAGCUGCAGGAAUAUCUCUGUUAUUCACCAUACCAAGGCUAAUCCGUGCAGUUCAAGGUGGAGAUGGUUCUCCUGAUAUUUGGGAAACUGCAGGAAAUGCUGCAAUCAAUGUUGGCGGUAUUGUUGUUUUUAUAGCUUUGCUCUUGUGGGACAACAAGAAAGAGGAGGAACAGCUUGUGCAAAUAACAAGGGAUGAAACGCUGUCAAGGCUUCCCAUUCGCCUUUCAACUAAUAGAAUUGUUGAACUUGUCCAAUUACGCAACACUGUGAGACCUGUUAUUUUGGCUGGGAAGAAAGAAACAGUUACUCUGUCCAUGAAAAGAGCUGAGAGGUUCCGCAGUGAGCUACUCAAGCGCGGAGUCCUUCUAAUUCCGGUUAUAUGGGGUGAUGGACGGGACCUACAGACACCGAAAAAAGGAUUUGGCCUUUCUCCAAAGACAUCCGCUUCUCUGCCUUCAAUUGGGGAAGAUUUCGAGAAGCGAAGUGAGUCGAUAAUUGCUCAAUCAAAAUUAAAAGCAGAGAUUCGGUUCAAAGCAGAGGCAGUGUCCCCAGUUGAGUGGGAACAAUGGAUUAGAGAUCAACAGAAAUCUGAAGGUGUUACUCCUGGUGAAGAUGUAUAUAUUAUACUUCGUCUAGAUGGUCGUGUUCGAAGAUCUGGAAAGGGGUUGCCAGACUGGGGACAGAUUGUCAAGGAGUUACCUCCUGUUGAAGCACUCUUAAGCAAACUUGAAGGAUAAUAGUUUAUUUUUGUAAUCCACUGCCUUUUGUGAUUUUUUUUUUUAAUUUUAAAAUACAAGAAUGUAUAGAGUUCUUGAAACUCAUCUCAUUUUGGAAUCUUCAUCUUUUGUCUAUUGGGAAGCAAGUAUUUUUAAGUGGAUGGCUUCAAACCUUCAACAGAAGUCUGUCUGCUAUAUAUGAAUCUCUCUACGGUAUAAAACCAGUACUCUUGAAUGUUCUCAUUAGGCUCAGAUUUCCCAAGCGCACUUUUUAGUUAUUGCUACGAUUUCAAACUUGUGUUAAUUGAGUGUUUCCAUUUCGGAUAGUUAUUUGAUAAAA